CAUAAUAUUUAAAUUCCCGUGUUUUUUACACUUGGAAAAUCUAAAACAAUGGCUGUUUUGACCACUGAAGAAAAAGAUUGCAUCAUAAGGGAGCUUACAUCCCUAAAUGGUAAUGAAUGCUCACUUGCAGCGGAUUUAAUCGAGAGACUCGUUCAGGAGACCCGAGGUGUGAUUAUGGGCCAACCGAUGUUGCUGAAGUUGGAGGCUCCGGUGAAAAUAUGCGGCGAUAUCCACGGCCAGUUUACGGAUCUCUUGCGCAUUUUCCAGGCAUGCGGCUUUCCGCCGACGGCGAACUAUUUGUUUCUCGGCGAUUAUGUGGACCGGGGUAAGCAAUCGCUGGAGACGAUCUGCUUGCUCUUCGCCUAUAAGGUAAAAUAUCCCUUGAAUUUCUUUCUGCUUCGCGGGAAUCACGAGUGCGCCAGCAUAAAUCGCAUCUACGGAUUUUACGACGAGAUCAAACGCAGGCACUCGGUGCGUUUGUGGCGGACUUUUACGGAUUGUUUCGACUGGCUUCCGGUGGCCGCUGUUGUUGGAGAACGUAUCUUCUGCUGCCACGGUGGUCUAAGUCCUUCUCUCCAGCGGUUGGAGCAGAUCCGGCUGCUCCGGCGACCGACGGACGUUCCGGAUGAGGGUAUCCUGUGCGACCUCCUUUGGGCCGAUCUCAAUCACGUCAGCGAGGGCUGGGGCUACAAUGACCGCGGUGUAAGCUUCACAUUCGAUGAACUCAUUGUUCGGAGCUUUCUAAAAGCCCAUGACCUGGACCUCAUGGUUCGGGCCCACGAGGUCGUGGAGGAUGGCUACGAGUUCUUUGCCAACCGCCACCUGGUAACCAUAUUCUCCGCCCCAAACUAUUGCGGUCUCAUGAACAAUGCCGGCGGAGUGAUGAGUGUCAGCGAGGACUUGACCUGCUCCUUCGUCAUCAUUCAGCCGGGUCAUAAGUGCGAAGCUGCCCAAAAUAAAGACGACGACACUUUCAAUAGAGAGGAGUAA